AUGGCCGCCUCCUUCAAGGACAGGAAUCUCUUGGCCGUCAUCGGCGAUGAAGACUCGAUCACCGGUCUUCUCCUCGCCGGUAUUGGGCACAUAAACGACAAGCAGAAGAAGAACUUCCUGAUCGUCGAUAGCAAAACUCAAGUGUCCACCAUUGAAGCGGCAUUCGAAGAGUUCACUGAACGCAGCGACAUAGCCAUUCUACUGAUUAAUCAACAUAUUGCUGAGAAAAUUCGGCCGACUGUCGACAAGUACCAGAAGGCCUUCCCAGCCCUCCUCGAAAUACCCUCGAAGGAUCAUCCAUACGACCCCAAUAAAGAUUCCAUCCUGAAAAGGGUGCAGAAGCUAUUUGGAGAAUGAGUGCUACGCAUCGGAUUUUUGUUUCAAUUUCGGCAGAUGCAACCUGGCGUCCUCGGCGUUCGAACGCCAGGAAAGCUAUACUUAUCAUGUAAUGCAAAAGUGUGGCGCCGAAUGCGAGAGGACACGGAUAGCCCAUCUUCGAAAGGCACUGGGUUACUCAUCCCUGUUGGUUGUGGAUACGUUGGGCAUUCGCCGAGAAAGCGGGCGCGGGACGAUAUUCCCAAUGCGCGAUCGCCGAAUUGGUCAAUCUACCCCGGGCACCUCGGCAUCCGGAGUCAGUAGCAAUCUUCCGAGGCCCCCGAAUUCACAGCUCUGUAAACAACAGGACUUCAUUGGGAAUACC